UGGUAAUAUCAAAUAAAGACAAAUAGCGUCACAAACUUGUGUACACAAUGAGCAAAUUCGUCAAGGGACUGAGCAAACAGAGCGAAUAAAUCACAUUUAUCCUUUAUCUUGACAUGUUUAACAAAAACAGCAUCAUUCUGAGCACGUUCCGGUCCACUACUUCUCUUUGCCUCUUGCGUAAAUCUCUUUCGGGUGAAGGAUAACACAAGAGAAAAAAAUUAAAGUUGCGAAAAUCUUAAUAGUGAAAAAUAAAACACAAACGUAGCGAUCCCACCUCGUUACCUCCACACCGAACUGGGAGGAUGGAAGAGUAUCUGGCCUCCAAUAUCAGGAUCGAGAGACCAAUCUACGAACAGGACCAAGUCAGGAAGGAUUUUCAAUAUGAAGCUGACGGGGAAAAAUGUUCUGCUUUCGAUUGUGACGAAAACUUGACACUGAAGAAAGGCCUUUUGAGAUUUAUCCCUUCAAUCAGCUGGUUGUCCCAUUACAGGUGGAAAACUGAUAUUUUGUCCGAUCUGACUUCAGGAUUCACAGUAGCAGUAAUGCAUAUACCCCAAGGUAUGGCAUAUGCACUUUUGGGCAAUGUUCCACCAGUUAUGGGAAUCUACAUGGCAUUCUUUCCUGUUUUGGUGUAUUUUUUUCUGGGCACUUCCAGGCAUAACUCAAUGGGUACAUUCGCUGUAGUAUGUUUGAUGACUGGAAAGGCAGUGCUGGAACAUAGUGAUCCCAGUUAUUUUGCCAGAAGUAUGGAUAUAAAUGCGACUGACAGUAAUUUUGAUGCACCUGCAAUAAAACUUGUACAGCCAGGAUAUAGUCCUGUUCAAGUGGCAACUGCUGUCACAUUUGUAGUCGCCAUUGUUCAGCUAGCUAUGUUUUCCCUGCGAUUGGGCGCCGUUAGUGCCUUGUUGUCAGAAACACUAGUCAAUGGAUUCACCACUGGGGCAGCAGUUCAUGUGUUAGUUUCGCAGAUUAAGGAUCUCCUCGGAUUGCGAAUUCCAAAACACAAAGGAUAUUUCACCGUUAUUAAUAACCUGAUAAGUAUAUUCAAUGAAAUCGGCAAUUAUAAUGUAGCUGCUCUGUUAAUUUCCGUUAUUACAAUCACGGUUGCUUCUAUAAACAACGAGGUUUUAAAGCCAAUAGUAGCAAAGAAAUCGUCUUUUCCUGUUCCCAUUGAAUUGAUUGCAGUUGUCGUAGGUACUCUGGUUUCUAAAUACGGAAAUCUUCCUGAAAGUUACAAUGUCACCACAGUAGGACAUAUUCCUAGCGGGUUACCUGAACCUGCAAUACCUCAGUUUUCACUGAUGCCUAGUAUAAUAAUGGAUGGGUUCACAAUUGCUGUCGUCUCCUACACUAUUACACUUUCAAUGGCGCUGAUCUUUGCUCAAAAAUUGGAUUAUGAAGUUGAUCCUAACCAAGAACUUCUUGCAAUGGGAUCUGGAAAUCUAGUGGGAUCGUUUUUCUCGUGUAUGCCAGUAACAGCCUCUCUAUCCAGGUCGUUAAUCCAACAAACCGUUGGUGGAAAGACACAAAUAGCUUCGAUCGUAUCCUGUAGUAUUUUGUUGUGCAUUUUGUUGUGGAUUGGACCAUUUUUUGAGCCUCUACCAAAGAGUGUCUUAGCUAGCGUGAUCGUAGUAGCAUUGAAAGGAAUGUUAAUACAAGCAACAGCUCUGUUAAAUUUUUGGCGGCUAAGUAAAAUGGACGCUAUCGUGUGGCUGAUCACCUUCCUGACAGUCAUUGGCAUUGGCAUUGAUGUUGGCCUUCUUGCUGGUGUCAUAGCCUCUCUCAUCUCCAUACUUCUACUCACAUUUAAACCAUACACGUGUCUACUUGGACAUAUUUCACGUACAGAUCUUUAUCUGGAUACCAGUAAAUAUAAGGCGGCUGAGCAAAUUCCAGGAAUAAAAAUCUUUCAGUACAGCGGAGGAAUUAACUUUGCCACCAGAGGAAUAUUUAAGAAUGAAUUGAUUAGGAGAGUGGAAAUUAAUCCACAAAAAGAAAUUAUAUACAGGACAAAGUUAGCAAAGUAUGCAAAAUGUUUGGAAGCUGAUGAUCGAUCCAAACCAAAUUUAGACAAAAUUGAGAGGGUGCAGAAGAAAGUCAACACCGAUAUUCGUUGUAUCAUUCUGGAUUUUUCUUCGUUGAGUUACAUCGAUCCUUCGGGUGUAACGAUGUUGAAGAACGUUGUUGAAAGUUAUAAAAAAUUGGAUAUUCCGAUAUACGUAGCUGCAACUUCGGAUCCUGUUUACGAAAUGAUGGAAAAAUGCAACCUGAUCAACACGAAAACUGCCUUAAUACGGUCGUUUCCAACGGUACAUGAUGCUGUUCAAAGCGCCACCGAUAUUUUCAAUAUUAAUCUAAAUUCCAACAUUUCCAUAGUCAGUAGGAUCUGAACGAUGUAAUUUAAAUAUUGAACGAAUAAUUAUUCGUAUUGUAAAACCAAAAAGUACAAAAUGUAUCAAAUAAAAACUGUGAUAUUCUU